UUUCUGUGAAAUCGGCUGUUAUACUUUCUCAUUCUUAAAGCAGCACGCUUGAUCUUUAGGGUGGUGCUGUUGUCACCGGGAGGAUAAAUGAGGGAUGGGUGAAGCAGCCUGUCCGGGGCCGGAUGCCCUCUCUUUACCCCCCGACACAUUAGUGGGAGUGCGCAGUGCCAGGCCGGGCCAGCAGCAGCCGACGCAUCAUCGCACGUACUUUACGCACAGUGGAUGAACGGAGGCAGAGACCCGGUCGAAGAUGAUGCUCACACCGGCUGAGGAGGGCUUUCUGUCGGGGUGCAUCUAUGAGGUAGCAGUGGUGUAGUCGCCGGUACUGGUGUAAAAUGCACUGGAGCAGACGGGCUGUGCUGGUCGGCCUAGCUGAGCUCGGCUGCUGCUGCUCGCCGUCGCCUCUCCCAUUUCUAUUCUAGGACUUUUUAUUGUAGCUUUAUUAUUUCCAGGUCAGAAUCGCAGUUUCCUGUGCGGCUUGUUUGUACUAAAAAUGGCCGGAGAUGGCGGCGCUCUGAAGGAUAUCAAUGAGAUUAAAUCCCAGUUCCGGACCAGAGAGGGCUUCUACAAGCUGCUCACCCUCUCCGACUCGCAGCAGCGGGGCGGGCUGCCGCGGGGUCCGUCCGCUGGAGCCACGCUGGGCCCAGGAGCCGGACCUGGUCCGAUACCCGGCGGAGGGGUCGGGCUGCUGCAGGGGCCCGGGGCUGCCGCCGCCGCCGCCGCCGCUGCCGCCGCCUCAUCCUCUUCCAAUGCCGCAGCCAACUCCUCUCCGGCGGGCUUCCUGCCUCCGGUCCGGGUCUCCAUGGUCAAGCUGCAGCCUGAAGACCCGGGCGAGGAGUCGGAGCGGGUGUGCUUCAACAUCGGCAGGGAGCUGUAUUUCUACACGUACACCAACAUCAAGAAGGCUGUGGACCUCAGUAAGCCGAUAGACAAGAGAAUCUACAAGGGGACUCAGCCAACAUGUCACGACUUCAACCAGUACUCUGCCACAGCAGAGAGCGUAGCUCUGAUUGUGGGUUUCUCAGCCGGACAGGUCCAGUAUCUCGACCCCAUCAAGAAGGAAACCAGUAAACUCUUCAAUGAGGAGAGGUUGAUAGACAAGUCCAAGGUGACGUGUCUAAAAUGGCUUCCCAAGUCUGAGAACCUGUUCCUGGCCUCACAUGCCAGUGGACACCUCUACCUCUACAAUGUGGACCACCCAUGUGGCACCACGGCCCCACAGUACUCUCUCUUGAGGCAGGGCGAAGGCUUUGCCGUCUAUGCCUGCAAAACCAAGACGCCUCGCAACCCGUUGUUACGAUGGGCUGUGGGUGAAGGAGGCCUCAACGAGUUUGCCUUCUCUCCGGAUGGUGUGCAUGUGGCAUGCGUAGGUCAGGACGGCUGCCUGCGUGUCUUCCACUUUGACUCGAUGGAGCUGCAGGGGGUGAUGAAGAGCUACUUCGGUGGGCUGCUGUGUGUGUCAUGGAGCCCUGAUGGGAAAUAUCUCGCCACAGGCGGCGAGGAUGACCUGGUUACCGUCUGGUCAUUUGCAGAAAGCCGUGUGGUUGCAAGAGGUCAUGGUCACAAGUCCUGGGUCAACGUGGUGGCAUUUGACCCCUUCACGACUUCCCUGGAAGACGAUGAACCUAUGGAGCUUAGUGGCAGCGAGGAAGACCUCCACCAGGGGGCACCAAAUAACUCCAUGCACUUCGGCCGAGUUCGAACAAGCAGCACGUUGUCGCGUCUUUCUCGGCACAGCUCUAAAGGUGGCGGUUCGGCGUCGGUUACAUAUCGGUUUGGCUCAGUGGGACAGGACACCCAGUUCUGUCUGUGGGACUUGACGGAUGACGUGUUGUACCCACGCCUGCCACUGUCCCGUGCCUUUACUAACACUUUUGGACCCUCGUUGUCCAACUCUGGCAGCGGUGUGGUCAACAGCACCUCAGGUGGGGGAGGAAGUGGAGGGGUUGAGGGGCACCAUCAUCCGCCCAACACUAACACAGGCACUUCAAACCCACCAACACUCCCCUUACCACUUCCUCGCUCCCUUUCUCGCUCCAACUCUCUGCCCCACCCUGCCGUGGCAAAUGCUUCCAAGGGCCAGGGCACCUCGGAGGGUGGUAGUGGAGGUGGAGGAGGGGGAGGAAGCAGCAGUGGAGGAAACAGCACCCCUUUCAGCAUUGGUCGCUUUGCCACGCUGUCACUCCAGGAGCGCAAGUCAGACAAAUCCGGUUGCGGCAGUGGAGUGGAAAAGGAGCACAAGAGGUACCACAGCCUGGGCAACAUCAGCAAAAGCAAUGAUAAGAUCAAUGUAGCGCCGAGGAGCAACCGGCUGGACGCUGCCAAGGUCCUGGGCACCACACUGUGCCCACGCAUGCAUGAGGUGCCGCUGCUGGAGCCGCUGGUGUGCAAGAAGAUUGCACACGAGAGGCUGACGGUCCUGGUAUUCAUGGACGACUGCAUCAUCACAGCCUGCCAAGAGGGUCUUAUCUGUACCUGGGCACGGCCAGGGAAGGCGAACUUGACAGCACAGAACGGGAACUCUCCGAGUGGCACAGUGGUAUAGCUGGAGGAGAAGCUUUGCACUCAUCCCUCCUUCCAUCUCCUCCCUCCUUCUUCGCUGUCUUCUCUCUGUCCAACACCCUCUCCGCCGAUCCUCAAAUGCCAAAUUAGGGGCCAACAACCAGAGACUACCCUACCACUGCAGUAUUAAACCCUCAGUAUUACUCUCUUUACAUGCCAUGACCCAAACCCUGCUCCCUGCUGAUUUUACUCCCACGAUGGACAGUUUGGUGGGAAACACUUCCUGAAUCGUUGGCACAGAUUAAUGAUCUCCAGAUGGACUUCAAGUUAAAAAAAUAGCUUGCAAUCAUAGAAACAAAUGUGUUACUAUAGUGAAGACUCGAGCUAACAUAUCAGGUAGUUAGCCUUCCCUUCAGCUUAGACGUUCUAAUACU